AUGGACCAUCAACCUAUAGUGCUCCCUAUAAGGCUUCAGCCUUCCAAUUUGCGACCAAUCGCAUACAGAAUCCUUUCCAAAAAACACGGCUUGAAUAUCAAAUCAGAUGCUCUUAAAAUACUCGCCGACUAUAUUGGUCCAAAGUUUGGUAAUGAAUGGAAAUCUGCUAAAUCACAACAUUUCUUGGAAGAGAUAGCUAGAAUAUGGAAAGAGCAGGAUAGAGGGCUUUUCAUCGAUGGUGAAGGUCUUGGUGAGGUGAUGAAAGAGAUUGAUUCGUUGAAUACAAAAGUUGCAAAAAAGAUGAAUCCAAGCUCAACAACUCAUCAACCGGUUCAAACUUCAGUGGAUGCUUUGAUGGCUGGUAGAAGAGAUACUAUUGUUGAUGAAAUAACAAUAAGUGAAGACGAAGUCUCAAGAACUAGCCCACCAACUAGCGUAUCACCACCUCCAAUCAGAGAAUCGUUGAAUUGGAAAGAUUAUUUCAAAGUUAUUAAUGCAUUUGAUCAACCUUUAUUUGAUUAUAACCAUCAUAGAAAGCAAUAUGAACUUUCCAAAACUAAAGAUUCCAAAUUUACGUCAACUUCUGUCGAUGCCAAUAUAUCAUUAUUUCAAAGAAGAUUCCAUAUAGUGAAAGAUAGAUUAUUAAGAAAUGAAAACUUUCAAGCAAGCUCUUUUAAUGCAUUUUCAUCUAUUCAAGGAGAUUCAGAAAAUAAUUCAAUAACACAAAUCAAGAACCUUUUGGGUAGAAAUAAUCAAAGGUUCAUGUUAUUUGGGAUGUUAACAUUGAUAAAUGGUGAUUGGCAUCUACAAGAUCAUUCUGAUAAAAUCCAACUAGAUAUAUCACAAGCGGAACCAAAUUUGGGUUCUUAUUACGUCCCCGGUAAUAUGGUUUUAGUUGAUGGGAUUCAUGCAAGUGGUAAAUUUUAUUGUUCAUCAAUGGGUCAUCCACCUGGUGAAAGAAGAAUUGAUACAUUAGAGGCAAAUGGUAAUAUAGAUUUCUUGGGGAUACAUGCAAAUUUAAGAAUUGAUAAAGAGUUGAAUUCGAAACUGAAAUUAUUAGAAAGGGAAAUGGAUCAGAAAAUCAUAAUAUUGGGAUCAAACUGUUAUUUAGAUGAUUUGAAAACUUUAGAUGCUUUAUCAAAAUUAUUUAAUAAACUAUCAGAAGAACCAAAUGACCUUCCAAUUUCGAUAGUUUUCAAUGGUUCAUUUGCCUCUUCGCCAAAGCAUUCAUCAGAAUAUAAAAAUCUUUUCGAUUCAUUGGCUGCAAUAUUGGAUACAUUCCCCGUUAUUUCUGGUAAUGUUCAAUUAGUUUUCAUCCCUGGAGAAAAUGAUCAAUGGCAAACUCCACUAUGGCCAAAGCAAACAAUCCCUAAAAUAUUCGGAAAUAGAAUCAAUAGAGUUGCAAGAAAUGUCCAAUGGGCUUCAAAUCCUACAAGAAUGGUGUAUCUUUCUCAAGAAAUUGUCAUUGCAAGAGAUGAUUUAGGUUCAAGACUAAGAAGAAAUACUGUUUUGUUUCCUAAACUGAACAAGAAACUGGAUGAUGAAGAUGAAGACCUCGAUGAAGGAGAAGAUGACAAUGGGGAUGAGUCAAGAACUGAGAUUGAAAGAUUAGAAUCAUUACCACCAAGAAUAUCAGAAGCUAGAAAAGUUGUCAAGACAAUUUUGGAUCAAGGUCAUUUAAGUCCUUUUGCUAAAAAUUUAAAACCUAUAAUAUGGCAUUUAGAUCACACAUUACAUUUAUCGCCAAUUCCGUCAGUCCUUAUACUUUCAGAUCCAUCUUCACCUGCAUUUGAUGUCACCUAUAAUGGGUGCAGAUGUUUAAAUCCAGGUAUACUCAUACAAAAAAGAAAAUUAAACUACAUUGAAUACAGUUUAUCAACCAGAAAAGCUGAAAUUAAGGAAUUGCAUUUUUAG